AUGAAAGCAGUCAGAAUACACGAAACCGGCGACGUGAACGUUUUACAAGUAGAUACCAAUGUGCCAAUCCCAGAAAUUUCCCACCAUCAAGUCCUGAUCAAAAUUGCCUACUCGAGCGUAAAUUUCAUUGAUACCUAUUUUAGAUCGGGAUUGUAUCCUGUUCCAUCCCUUCCAAAGGUUCUUGGACAAGAUGGAAGUGGUAUAAUUGAAAAGAUUGGUGAUCAAGUGCCAAAGGAAUGUGGACUAAAAGUUGGAGAUCGUGUUGCCUUUUCUAGUUCUUCUGGAUCAUAUGCUGAAUAUGCUGCUGUAGAUUAUAAUAGUGUUGCCAAGUUGCCAAGUGAAAUUAGUUUGAAGGAUUCUGUUGCUUGUAUGAUUAAUGGAUUGACAGCUUAUUAUUUGGCUUUUGACAUUCCAAGCAUUAGAUCAGACGUUGUUUUGAUUCACUCUGCAGCUGGAGGUACAUCAAGAUUGCUUGUUCAAAUCAUGUCCAAGAUUAAGAAAUGUAGCACAAUUAUUGGAACAGUUGGAUCUCCAGAAAAGGUUGAUUUGGCUCUCAAAUUGGGUUGUACUCAUGUUAUUCAAUAUUCUACAGAAGAUGUUGUGGAGAGAGUCAAGGAAAUUACCAAUGGGAAGGGAGUGGAUAUUGUCUUUGAUGGUGUUGGAAAGGAUACCUAUCAAUCUUCACUCAAUUCUUUAGGGGUGAGAGGUUUAUUCAUUUCUUUUGGUAAUGCAUCAGGACCUGUUGGUUUAAUUAAUCCUUUGGAUUUAUCAAGAAGAGGUUCAAUUAAUUUUACAAGACCUAAAAUGGGUGACUUUGUAACCACCUUUGAUGAAUUACAAGAGAAGAGUCACAAAUUAUUUUCCUGGGUUUCACAAGGGCUCAUUGAUAUUAACAUUCACAAGGUUUUCAAUUUGGAAGAAAUUAAGGAAGCUCAUAAUGAAAUUGAAGGACGUAAAGCAACUGGAAAGAUUUUGUUAAAAGUUAGUGAAGAAACACCUUGA